UCCGACUUAAUGAAAUUAUAAAUGUUAAUUAUCAUAAUCUGAGCAUUAGUACGAGUGAUAAUUAUGCUUUUAGGGUUGAUGGAAUGUUACCAAAUCUAUUAGAUUAGCGUGAGUUUAUUUUGUUAUGAGGAAAUGGUUGUGUAAUUACGGUGUAAUUAAAAUGUUUCUAGUUCAGAUCUACAUUUGACUUUCAGGAAUGAAGUCGUUUAUUUGCUAUCUUAAUUGAUUACGAUUAAGUAAGUAUUUAAUCAAGAUUUUGCCUACAUAUGAGAGGAAGGUAUUUGGUGUAAAGGAAAAUUGGAAAUUAGAUUUUUAUAAUAAAUACUUGGACAUAAUGAUUUAGUUACUAGUGUUACAAUGUAAAACCGAAAUAAAAAUGUCUUAAAUUCUAGUGCCAAAAACACUUCAAAAGUGAACGUUCCCGACAAUAAUAUAAAAUAUUAUGUGCAACAAUGUCGUUCAUGAAGCGAGUAAAAGUAUGGGGUUCCAGAGAUCGUGAGCCGGAGUUGACGCGAAGCCAGUAUUCCCUGGUGUCUCAAGACUUGACUGCGGGAGCGCUGCAGCUGUGGCUUGGACUACCUGAAGAAGUCAAAUACGACCCUGCACUUGCGGCCUUUAGGCAGUUCUAUGAGAAGGAAGCUGCACAAGAGUCCCUCCCCCUCCGACCGCGGAGGUCAUCAGCGCCGAAGGUCAAACGCCUGCCGGCCGUCAACUCGGCCCCCCACCUUAACAACAACGAUAGGAUCCUAGAGGACCCGCAGGGCCAAAAUGGAUCCGUGUACUUCACACAAGACAAGCCUGUUGAGAACGGAGAUAGCGACCACACUCAACAAGGCGAAAAGAAACCUUCAAAAUGGGACAAAGCGCGGAGCUACACGAAGCUAUCAGUGCUGGUGGGUUGCUGGAUAUUCUUUACCGUCGUCUUCUGCCUCUUCAAUGAGAAGGAGGUUGUCGUGAGGAACUGUGUGCUUACUCCUGGAGAAAUCAAAGAUUACAUACUCGACAUCCCCAAGAGCCAUCUAACACUAUUGGUGGACGUCUCCGGCCCAUUCCUGACCGAGCAGGUUGAGCAGAAUAUGAACCUUACGGAAAAGAACUCAAGGUCUAAGGUCGACGUGUGGGUGGAGCGGUGGGCUGUGGGAGGAAAAAUAAAGGAUGUCAAAGAAUCGGAUAUUGUUGAAAGAGAGAACUUCACCGGGCCCCGCUCGUUCUUAUUUCUGGAGCCGAGUGCGUUGGAAUUCAGUGAGGCGACGCGGCGAUCGGCCAAGUUCGAACAUCGGUCGAGUUUGAAUUCAACGGCCGUUUAUGUCAUAAGAAUGUUGUCAGACUCGGCUGUCGCGACGCCAUUGUCGCUGAGUUACCAGGACGGCCCGAUAGAUGUCGCCGUCGGCGUCACUUACGCCUGUCUGCUUCUGGUCAUGCUGUAUGCGUUAAUCAUUUUCGAGAUAAUAAACCGCACACUGGCAGCAAUAUUAGUCUCCACUCUGUCAUUGGCAGUUCUCUCGUUGGCCGGUGAGCGGCCAUCAGUGGAGGAGGUGAUGUCAUGGGUGGACGUGGAAACACUGUUGCUGCUGCUGAGCAUGAUGCUGCUGGUGGCUAUAAUGGCAGAGACUGGGAUGUUUGACUUCUUAGCUGUCUACACUUUCCAGGUAACAAAAGGCAAGAUGUGGCCGCUAAUCAACGUCUUAUGCGCCAUCACGGCAGUGCUGUCAACCUUCCUGGACAACGUCACCACCGUGUUGCUCAUAACUCCUGUCACCAUCAAGCUUUGCGAGGUUAUGGAGAUGCAUCCCAUCCCUGUGCUAACAGCAAUGGUGCUGUACAGCAAUAUUGGAGGAACUGCUACGCCCGUCGGCGACCCGCCCAACGUGAUCAUAGCUUCCAACCAGGUCGUCAUACAGUCAGGCAUUAACUUCGCGAACUUCACGCUACAUAUGACAUUGGGCAUCCUACUGGUGUGUCUCCAAACCUAUUUUCAAUUGCGGUUCAUGUAUCGAGAUGUGAGCAAGCUUCGACCGAGCGAGCCACGGGAGAUACAAGAUCUGAAGAGACAACUGAACGUUUGGCGACGAGCAGCGGACUCGCUUCCACACAUGAGCAAGGAUGAAUUAGUCGUUAAGGAGCGGCUGGAGCGUAAGGUGACAAAGAUCAGCUCUCAACUGGCUAUCGCGCAGAAGGAGAGCAACAAGCGGGCUUGUCCCAAGGACACCUUUCAGAGGACCCUCUCUGAACUCAAGGACAAGUACAAGAUACGGGACAAGAAGCUGCUGAUAAAGUCCUGCGUCGCCGUCGGAUUUGUGGUCAUCAUGUUCUUCCUCCACGCUUUCCCUGAAUUCAAUCGCGUGUCACUCGGCUGGACAGCGUUACUUGGUGCCAUCUUGCUCCUGAUCCUGGCUGACAGGGAAGACAUAGAGUCUAUCCUGCACAGGGUGGAAUGGUCAACUCUGCUGUUCUUCGCGGCUCUCUUCGUACUUAUGGAGGCGUUGACCAAACUUGGCCUCAUCGACUAUAUCGGCGGCCUGACUGAAGCUCUCAUCAUGAGGGUCACCGAAAAGCAUCGGUUGGCGGUGGCUUUGCUUCUCAUACUCUGGAUAUCAGGCGUGACGUCAGCGUUCGUGGACAACAUCCCGCUCACAACGAUGAUGGUGCGAGUGGUGACGUCACUGGGAACCAAUCCCGCUCUGGGACUACCGUUGCCGCCGCUUAUCUGGGCGCUUUCGUUCGGGGCCUGCUUGGGAGGUAACGGCACAUUGAUCGGCGCAAGCGCAAACGUGGUGUGCGCGGGAGUGGCCGAGCAGCACGGCUACAAGUUCACCUUCGUGCAGUUCUUCAAGGUCGGCUUUCCCAUCAUGAUUGGCCACUUGGUCGUCGCCAGCGGGUAUUUGAUCGUGUGCCACUGUUUGCUGACUUGGCACUGAUCUGCUAAACUCAACAUCUCAUUGUCUAUCAGCAGUGGCUGGUCCAUACAAGCCAAUUCCCACCGGCUUGCCUAAAAACUAGUAAAGUACCUAAUGUUAAGGUAGGUUUCUUUUUGCUCAGUGUUGCCUAGCAGAAUUUUUCACCAGCCGCCUCUGUUGUCUAUUAACCCUUUUCCGGGCCCCGCCAUUCUAGAAAGUUUUAUACACAAAGUUGUGAUGUUUUGACGAUAGAUUUUAAGGCGAGUUUUUUUUUUAAUUUCAAUCUAAUUUGUACGAUGAAUUGUAGUCCUUAGAGUGUAAAUCGCGUUGAGACGUAUGUGAUGUAACGUACUAUGCCUGGAAAAUUGUAAACGUUAACUUUAAACGGUUAACUUAAAGGGUUGCGUCAAAUACAGGGUGGCCCAUUUAGAUCGGUCUGUAUUGGAAAAUCUGAAAUUAUAAGUCAAGGCAUGCGAAAAUAUUAUGUCGUUAUGAACUAUGUAAUCGAUAAGAAAAAAUUGCAUCCCUACUUACCUGUAUAUCAACUAGAUUUUUUAAAUUACAAUGAGA